UUUUUAAUAAUGAGUGGUUGGGUAAAAGACAUCAACAAUCUGAAGUUAAAAGACACCUGCAUUACUGAUGACAUGGUCUCUGAGGUUGAAAAAGAAGAUUACUUAUAUUACUAUGUGGAUCCAAAAGUGCAGAGUCCCAAGCUUAUGAAGUACUAUAAUCCUCCAGAUGAAAUCAUUUUGAUACACCACAGUACAAAGAACAUCGAAAGGUUGAUUUAUCCUCCAGAAGGCCCUUAUUUAGAGCAAGAAGAGGAGAAAUACGAUGGGUUCCUCGACUUUUUGGCCAAUAAAGGAGAAGAGCUACCAGAGGCACUGAACAAGAGGAGGACUCUCAGAUUCUUGGUAGCUAACAACUGGAACUACAAGAAAACCCAUAAAAACAUUCUUAAGACAGUCGAAUGGAGAGAAACGGUGCACCCUGUGAUCCUGAAUGACAAUAUGAAAGAACUUUUGGAUAAUGGAUACAUGUACAUUCAUGGAAGAGAUAGGCAUUUUAGGCCACUCUGUUUUUCAAAUACUAAAAUGAUCACUGAAUUAGGAGUUGGAAUCGACGACUGAGUCUCUAUGUGCUGGUUCAUGUGCUUCUAUCUAAUCGAGCAACUUUGUGUCCCUGGCAAGGUUGAGAACUGGCUUUUUAUUUCAGACCUUGGAGGACUCUCUUUGUCCAAACUACCUUCCAAGCAUAUCAAGAAGUUUACUCUGGAAGCGCAAGAUCACUUGAAAUGCAGAAUUAGGAAAUUCUUUUACUUUAACACUACCUUAGGAUUAAGAGUCAUUUAUGCUUUUAUCUCUCCUUUCCUUGAUAAAGCCAUCAAAGAAAAGACAUGCAUGGUCAAGGAGCCUUACUGUGAUGAAUUACUUGAGUUUGCUCAUCCAUCUCAGGUAGAAAAGAGGUUUGGGGGAGAUGCUGAAGAUGUUGAGGUAUUUUGGCCUCCAUUCUGCCCUUCUGACGAAUACGAUCACGACCCUGAUGAUAUUGAAGACCAUGAGCCAUCAAUCGAGAAAGUAGAGAAAAAGAGGAAGUCAAGCAAAAAGAGUAAGAAAUCAAAGGUUCAGAAAGGAGAGGAAGCCCCAGUAGAAUCAGCACCAGCUCCACAGACCUUUGCUACCUCAAUGGAUAAACAAAAGGAGAUCACCAAGGAAAGAAUGUCCAAGAGACCAGUCCCAAAGAAUACGAAAGACAAGGGCUGCACUUGCACGAUAUUUUAAAUUUGGGCUGAUUUCGCAAUAAUUCAACCUAUAAAAAUAAAA